AACCAAGGCAGAAAUUAAUCCUCCUUACAGAGAUUUCUGAUGGCACAGCAUGAGGCUGCAGAGUUAUUCAGCAGAAAUGGAAGGGAGGAGAAGCUCCGAAAAGGCGGUGGUGGGACGAGGGAAGAUGAUGUUAUUGGAAGAGCUGGGUUAGAAGGGUUUGCUGAUAUAGACAAGUACUUCCCUUCCAGGAAAAGAAACCAAGUUCCUGCUUUGGUAAUUGACAGCAAUUUUGCAGCACAGAUCUAUGGCGGCAAGGCUAUUGUGAGCUAUCCCAAGGGGAGGAAACCAAGUGGCUAGUAUUGGAUUUUGUAUGAUGAUUAAGUUAUUCAUAUGCUGUGUGAAAGCUGUGUAAUUUUCUGCUGGUAUGCAUGCUCCUGUUGGUAAAUCAUCAUUUGGAGUAGCUUUGUUCUGUAGUGUUUGUGUAAUCAUCGUGUGGGAAAAUAAUAUAGAAGCUGCUGUGGUGGGUUUUCUAAGACCAUGAAUGUCCAACCUGAAUCCUGAGUCAAUUGACAACAGCAGAAGAGCUCUAUGAAAGAGCCAAGCCAGGCACAACGGCAAACCUCUUAAGGAACUCUUUUCAAAUCUUGCAUGUAUUAUGAAUCCUUCAAGUAAAUUGUAUGAAUAUUUUUAAUUGUGUUAUGGGAAUAAGUCAAUAGUUAGCAUUGCUAUAAGAACCGAACCGGAUCAACGGACGGGCCAGCAGAAUCGUCAAACCAGUUGCGAUAGCAGUCCGUUUAUUGUCUGGACGGUUAUUGAUAGGCCAAACGAUUUUUCAUGGUUCAACAUAAAAUCAGAUAAACCACCACGGUUUAACUGGUCCACUGGUUCACUAUUUUAACCAAAAAAUUUUAGAAAAAAAAAUACUUUAACAUAAACUAAGACCAUCAAACCAUAAUUAUUAAUUUUAUAUAUGCUUGCUCUUCUCAUUUUUCCAAUCUUGUUGUCGAUUUUAUGUUAUCCACUAUCGAUUGGCUCCAUAAUUUUUAAUUUGAAAUAAAAAAAUUAUGAUUUCUUUUUGUGAGACGGUUUGAAUAAUUUAUUAAAUAUUUUAGUGAAGAUAUGAAUUUGAAAUUGUUUGUGGUCAAUCGAUAACUUCAUUUGUAAAUUAGUGGUCGCAGUUCCUAAUUGCCACCUGUAUAUAUGUAGAGAAGAUAUGUAUCUCCCGCCUAGGGGUGUCCAUUCGGGUUCGGUUUUUUGGGUUUACCCGAAAUUUUCGGUUUUUUGGGUUCGGGUUCGCUUUGGGUUUCGGGUUUUUGAUUUUGGGUUCGGUUUUGCUUAUCGGUUUUUUGGGUUCCGGCUAAAAACCUCCAAUGAAUAGAACUCAACCCGUAUUUUUAGGCGUUCUGGUUUCCGGGUUUCGGUUUUGCUUUAACCAAACCCGAACCCGAUAAAGAUUUUUCGGAUUU